CUAACCAUGCAUAAACUGACUCACACAGGAGAGAAACCAUUUAGCUGUGGAGACUGCGGGAAAAGCUUUAAUCGCAAGGAGGUCUUAACCAUGCAUAUACGGACUCACACAGGAGAGAAACCAUUUAUCUGUGGUGACUGUGGGAAAAGCUUCAGGCAUAAAGGGUCCCUUAAGAUACAUAUAUUGGCUCACACAGGAGAGAAACCAUUUAGCUGCGGUGACUGUGGGAAAACCUUCAAUCAAAGGGGGAACCUAAACAUGCAUAUAAGGACUCACACCAGAGAUAAUUCAUUUUGCUGUGGAGACUGUGGGAAAAGCUUCAAUCAGAGGGGGAACUUAACCACGCAUAUACAAACUCACACCAGAGAUAAUUCCUUUCGAUGUGGAGACUGUGGGGAAAACUUCGAUGAGAAGGGGCACCUAAUUGAACACAUACGGACUCACACAGGAGAGAAACCAUACAGGUGUGGUGACUGUGGGAAAAGCUUCAUUCAGAAGGCGGACCUAAGGAGGCAUAUACUGACUCACACUGGAGAGAAACCACAUGGCUGCUCUGUCUGUGGUAAAAGAUUCACUCAGAAGUCUCAUCUGCUGAGGCAUGUGGAUAAAAUCCACAAAGGAAGAAAACAGGACAGAAACUGAAAGAGGAAAGAGCAUUAGGACAAAGAGAUUGUUUGUCAGGUAAGUGAAUAAAAAGGCAGGAUGUGGACAAAUCUCUUAGGAAGCAACAGUGAUAUGGCCCUCAUCAAAUAUGCAGACGACAUGGCUCUGGUUGCUUGCCUGGAGGUCAAGUCCAUCUCCAGCUACUCCCAGUUCAUUGACUGCCUCUUGACGUGGUUUGACAAUAUCUUAGGAGCUCAGUCUGGGUCUCAACUUACUAUUAAGACUCAGAAUAGUAGAAUAC